AUGCUGACCCGCGCAAACAUCACUAAUGUGGUCUCAACUAAGACCGAGCCUGUGGAUAAGAUCUUUGGCCAAUGGACCACAUCCUUCGGAAUCCCGCUUGAGCAAGUUAUAUUAAGAGACAAAACACAUAAAGAGUUGAUCCAUGAGGUGGAUGAGACAUCCUUGUUUGGGGAAGAUGUAAUGGUUACAUCGUUCCCCUGGCAGACUGACCGCCUAUCAAAUUUCUUCCACGCUGUCCGAUUCCAGGCAUCUCCUGUUUACCCACCAACAAGCACAGCUAGUGAAGGCCAUAACUUCGACUGGUUAGACAAAGACCAAACCUUUCAGGCGUGGCAUCAAUCCGAAGGAACGAAUCUCUUACUCCUCUAUGGCACCAUCGGCUAUUCCGGUGCAUCUGAGUAUGCAUUCAAAAAGCUCCAACAAGCAAAGAAAGGGACAAAGUUCUGCUCUACACUGUACUUCAAAUUUGAUAAGUUUGAUGUACGCCGGAACUCGAUUGGUGCCAUGGCCAGGACCUUUGUGGUUCAGACCCUGAGUCAGAUUUCAUCCUCAUUGUCAACAAUUUUCAGAGACAUCCAGCCACCUGAUUUCAGCGAUUGCUGGACUGACAAAGAUGCAUUCUUAUUCCUUGAUAGAAUAAGGAGAGAUUUGGGAAGGGUUGGUGAUGUCAUCUGGAUCCUGGAUGGGUUGGACCACUGCGACGAAUCUAGCCAUUGGUUCAUCUCCGAGAUUCUAAGCAUUGCUGAGCUUUCUGAGCAAAGCUUCAAGAUCCUGAUAACAACCGAAGAUGAUAGCCACAUUCGCGAAUCCCUCUCCCAUUUCCCGGUCAUAGAUCUGACACGCUCAACGGACGAUCUAGGUGAAGAGGCCAAAUUGGACUUCCUAUCUUCGUUAUAUCAGGAACGACCGCAAUUCCACCACGUCGAGCCUGCCCUCUGCCAUCUGCUAGCUUCAUGUAGGGACGAUAACUUAUUACGAGAUCUUCUCCGUGAGUGGCUUGUCAUCAGUCCAUGCCAUUCGACAAUAAAAGCUCUAGAAGAAGAGUUGGAAUCUUUAACCCCGCUAUCAGCAACUGUGAUCUUCGAAAAGGCAUUAGACACAGUGGCAGAAGGAAAGCGGCCAUGGGCUAGAAACCUUAUAAUGUGGUUAUUACGGUCGGCUCGACCAUUGUCUCCGGGAGAGCUGGCCAGUGCGCUCACUCUUGACCACUUGAUGGACUUGACGUUUGAACCGAGCCCCUCUACAGAUCUCAUGCGGGAUGCAAAGCAUUGUCUUGGCCCAUUGAUAUCCGUCGAUGAUGGUUUUAUUAGGUUAAGCCAUCCAGGUGGCCGAGAUGUCUUCACAUCUGUUAAGCCCAACAAUCACUCUCCAUGGUACACCUUAUCCUCCCCGGAUGAGGAUCACAGAACGAUCGCCGACCUUUGUGCUCGCCAUCUCUCUUUACCCAAGGUCCAAGAAGAAAUUUUGAACGCUUGCAGAGGUUCCUUUCGUGCCAACCCGAUAUUCGAAAGCCCCUUAAAUAUUUCCUCUUACGCCAUUCAGUACUGGCGGUGGCACUAUCACCAAGGUUAUCCGACAGGAAACUCUAUUCCUUUGACAUUGAACAUGACCAAUUUCCUUCAGGAUGAGAAAUCACUAAGAUGCUGGGCAGCAGCUAAUUGGCACUUCUCCAACCUCCACAUGCGCGCAAAGAGCUCAUUUAUAACCUCACUCCCUAUAGUCGCUUCGUUGGGUUUCGAUAAACUGGUGGCUAGCACCGUUGAGACCCCAAGCUUCAAAGAUACAGUUUCGGUCUCUUUGGCUAUUACUGAGGCAGCCAGGCAUGGUCACGAGAAGGUUGUGGAGGUAUUGUUGAGGAACUCGAGUUUGGAACUAUCUGACUGUCUCGGUGCUAUGAUUACUGCAUCAAGAUCGGCGGAGUUUGGCGUAUGCAGAGUCCUGGUGGGAUAUGCAAUUGAACACUUCGAGAAGAUUCAAUGGCCAGGUUUCCUGACAUCGCGCCUUGCUUACCUCGGCCCAGCUGAUCUUUUGGAAACGAUCCUGCAAGCUGGGGCAGACACAGACGUGACUAACCCACGGUAUCCUCCUCCCAUUCAUUGUGCAAUCGCUGGGAACAGUCACGAGGCUGUGAAGUCCCUCAAAAGCCACGGUGCUGAUCUCGACUUUAUCAACACCAACUGGAAAGACACACCACCGUUGUUAGUGGCAGCGAAAUUCGGACGGGUCAACAUGAUCAAAACCUUGGAAACAGCAGCGAUCGACAAACAAGAUAAAGGAGGAGCUACAGCCCUUUGGACGGCAGCAAUUACAGGCCAACAUGCAGUAAUGGAGGCUCUUCUGGUAGCUGGUGCCGACAGAACGAUCCUCGAGGUACCUCUGACAGAGAAGGACGAAUUGGCAAUGUUUACUAUGGCCGACCUGUCAUUAUCGAAGUGCCUGGAUAUCGCUCUGAAGUAUGAGGUAAACCCUAAUUGCAAAGUCUCAGGGCGGCAUCCAUCAACCGCUCUGGGAGUAGCAGCAAAGCGUGGGUUUACCAGUAUUUGUCGCACACUCAUUGAUAACGGGGCCCAUAUCCAGUCGGGUGAUGAACCACUCAUUGUCUACGCUACCAUGUCAGGUCAACAGGACGUAGUAGAGGUUUUCAUCGAACAAGAAGCCAAUCUCGACGUCAUGCUGGAAAUCCCAGGUUUCCAUGGGUCUCCCCUCAUAGCAGCAGCAGAGGGGGGCUACCUCGACAUAGCCAAACGCCUCAUUCAAAAAGGCGCUAAAUGUGAUCAACGCAACAACAAAGGGUCUACGCCAAUGUGCAUGAGUGCUGUCGAGAAUCACGCCGAAAUGGCCAAGCUAUUAAUCGAUGCUGGAGCGGAUCCUACGCUGGCGCAAGAUUCAGGAUGGGCGCCAAUUCACAAAUGCUACGACUUGAUUGAACCUCUCAAGGUCUUGCUUGAUGCAGGGGUCAACGUUGACUCAUCCAGCCCUGAUGGUACACCACUAUAUCUUGCCGCGUAUCACAACCAUUUAGAUGCUGUUAAGUUAAUACUCUCGUACAAACCCUUCGUCGAUACUAGAUGUCCUGAAGGAGACUUCUGGGACACAGGCUACACUGCACUACACAUGGCAGCAUAUAAUGGUUCUACUGAAAUGAUACGAAUGCUUCUCGAGGCAGGCGCUGACUCCAACAUAAAAACGCCAAAGGGUGCUUCACCUCUUAUCGUGGCUGCAGUCAAGAAACGGGAGGAGAGCAUCAAGAUCUUGUUGGAGUACAAUGUUGAUCUCGAAAUCGUGGACAGCUUUGGCGAUACGGUAAUUCAUUGCAUGAAGGCACCAACGCCUUUGCCUAUCGCCAAACGCCUUAUCAACCGCGGAGCGAACUUGAAAUUCAGGAACAAACGAAGGCAAACGAUCCUUGAUCGUGCUGUUGCGAACAGAGAUAUACCAUUCGUUGAGCUUCUCCUAGAUAUGAAAGCUGACAUUAACGCUACGGAUGGCGUUCAUGGCGCGGCUCUACAUCGAGCUGUAGCCGCGGGUGAUAUCGAAAUGUCUAAACUGCUCAUCUCGAGGGGUGCUGAUGUGGACCUCGUCCACGAUUGGAUGCACGGAACAUCCUUACAGGCAGUGUUUGAGUGGGCGGACUCAACGAUAGAUCAAAAGGACGCGAUUGCUCGAUACCUUCUCACCCAGACGAAUGUUGAUGUGAACAUCCAUGGGGGGAUUCUGGGAUCAGCCUUGAACUCGGCGAUUCUCCACGGUUCUCUGGAUAUAAUUAAACUCCUUCUUGAAAGGGGCGCUGAUACCCGGCACCCAGAUCCGUGGGGGCGACAACCGCUUCACCUUGCAUCCUUACGUUCACCCGAGCACGUGAGGCUUCUGUUGGACUCAGAAUCCGCUGACAAUGUCGGUAUCGCCAACAAGACCGUACUCGGUCAGACAGCUCUUCACUUUGCGGUAGCGACAGGAAACAAAGACUUGGUCGAACUCAUUCUGUCUGAAUCUCAAGGAGAGAUAUCUAUCAACCAGCCAGAUGGGGACGGCUGGACACCGCUUCUGUGGGCUUGUCGACCGUGUGACAACUGGGGAAACCCAAACUCUGUCAAGGCUGAUAUGAUAAAGCUCCUACUGGAUCAUGGCGCAGAUCCGUGGAUCCAAGGACGGACUUGGGACGACGCCAAGUGGUCACCACUCAAGAUGGCAAGGUAUCACGGCGCCGACGAUGACGCUGUCCAGCUACUACUGGCUACUGAGAAGGAUGAGGAUUGGGACGAAAAGGCUCAUGUUUCCAAAGAGGCAGCGCGCCUCCCAUUGUCAUAUUGCGAUGUUUGUCUAUUUGGAGUAUAUGGUGUAGAUUAUGAAUGUCGUGAUUGUGACAUACUACUUGCUUUUUGUUUCAAGUGUAGCCGUUACAAGGAGAAACUCCACCCCUACCACGAUAACUGGAAAAUGAAAGGAACCAUGUUUAAGGAAGACAAUGAUGAAGAAGAGAAGCCUGAGUCGCCUAAGGUUUCUCCUGAUAUAGCGCUAGUGGAGGAUGAUGAUUCUGAAGGAGACUGGUCGAGUGAUUAG